AUGGAGGCACGUCUUGUGAACACACUCACUGUUUUCCUCUCACCAGUGGCUCCCAUCAAAGCUCUCUGCAGCCAGUGUUACGACAACUGGAGCAAGAAGUUCGGCCCCCUGGGUCUGACCUGCAAGGAGCUGACGGGCGACACAGAGAUCGAUGACUUCUUCGAGAUUCACGACUCCCACAUCAUCCUGACCACGCCUGAAAAGUGGGACAGCAUGACAAGGAAAUGGAAGGAUAACUGUUUACUGCAGCUUGUGAGACUCUUCCUCAUUGAUGAGGUGCACGUGGUGAAGGACGCCACCCGUGGCGCCACCUUGGAAGUGGUGGUGAGCAGAAUGAAGGCGGUGAAUUCCUACAGAGCAUCUCAGAGCCCAGAGGGAGGCUUCACCAUGAGGUUUGUGGCCGUGUCGGCCACGGUCCCCAACGUAUCAGACAUAGCAGACUGGCUGUCCAAUGGGAGCGAGCCUGCUACGUUUCUGAGCAUGGACGAGAGCCACCGUCCUGUAAAGCUGAGAAAGGUGGUCCUGGGAUUCCCCUGCAGCGCAACACAAACAGAGUUCAAGUUCGACUUGUCACUCAACUACAAGAUGGCUAACAUCAUACAGACUUACUCUGACCAGAAGCCCACGCUGGUGUUCUGCUCGACCAGAAAAGGAGUUCAGCAGUCGGCUGCGGUUCUGGCCAAAGACGCCCGAUUCAUCAUGAGCUACGAACACAAGCAAAGGUUGAUGAAAUAUGCAAACUCCAUCCUGGAUACAAAGCUCAGAGAUCUGAUGAUGUUAGGAGUUGGUUACCACCAUGCAGGCGUUGACUUGUCUGACAGGAAGCUGGUAGAAGAAGCCUUUACCCUGGGAGACCUGCCUGUCCUUUUUACAACUCGGACGCUGGCCAUGGGCGUGAACCUUCCCGCUCACCUGGUAGUGAUCAAGUCGACAGUGCAGUACGUGGCCGGCUCCUGCGAAGAGUACAGCGAGGCUGACAUCCUGCAGAUGAUUGGCCGGGCCGGACGGCCUCAGUUUGAUACGUCAGCAACAGCAGUGAUCAUGACCAAGGUUCAAACCAGAGAGAAGUACAUGAAGCUGAUGAAUGGAAUGGAGAUCAUUGAGAGCAGCUUACACCGUCACCUGAUGGAGCACCUGAAUGCUGAGAUUGUUCUCCAAACCAUCAGUGAUGUCAACAUGGCUCUAGACUGGAUCCGCUCCACCUUCCUCUACAUCCGAGCUCUUAAGAACCCCUCUUACUACGGUUUCUCUAUCAACAUUGACCAAUAUGGCAUUGAAGCCAAACUCCAAGAACUGUGUCUUAAGAACCUCAACUCUCUGUCCUCCAUUGACUUGAUCAGCAUGGAUGAGGAUAUCAACAUCAAAGCAACUGAAGCGGGCAGGCUGAUGGCGAGGUAUUGUGUUGCCUUUGAAACCAUGCAGCUGUUCAGCAGAGUGACUGGCACAGAAACCCUGCCUGAGCUGGUUGAACUGGUGUCAAAGAGCAAGGAGUUCAGAGACGUUCAGUUAAGGGUGAAUGAGAAGAGGCCGCUGAACACUCUGAACAGAGACAGGAACAGGACAACCAUCAGAUUUCCUCUAGAGGGAAAGAUCAAAACCAGUGAGAUGAAAGUGAACUGCCUGAUUCAGGCUCAGCUGAGCUCCAUCCCAGUUCAGGACUUUGGUCUCACGCAAGAGACGGCAAAGAUCUUCCGGAUCGGGAUGCGCAUCAGCAAAUGCCUGUCAGAGUUCCUCAUUCAUCAGGCUAAGGCCGGUUUCUCUGCUGUGCUGAACUCCCUGAUCUUGGCUAAGUGCUUCAGAGCUAAAGUUUGGGAAAACUCUCCUUUUGUUUCCAAACAGAUCGAGAAAAUAGGUCUGACUCUGUCUACUGCGAUGGUGAAUGCUGGACUCACCAGUUUCCCGAAAAUAGAGCAAACCAACCCCAGAGAGCUGGAGCUGAUUCUUAACCGACAUCCACCAUUUGGAAACCAGAUCAGAGACUCUGUCAUACAUCUCCCAAAGUACGAUGUCAACCUGGAGCAGCUGCCAAGGUACAGCAGCUCCACAGCGGAGAUUUUGGUCAAGGUGACAUUACUGAACCGAGCCCAGCUGCAGUCCAAGAGAACAGCUCCAGCCAACCACUGUGUGUCUUUGAUCGUCGGCAACUGUGAAAACAACGUCAUCUUUCUACAGAAACUCAUGGCUAACAAUUUUAACACUAUCCAGGAUUCAACCAGUAAAAGAAACAAGCCAGUAAAAGAGUGCAACCAUCUCUGCAAGAAUAAAAGUCUCUGUGCUCAUGGCUGCUGUAAAGUAGGUGUUGCUGUUCCACAGAAAAGGUCGAUGAACAAUGAAUCCAGCUUCUCCUCUUACCUGGAGGACCUGAGGAGCAGGUCUGAAGUACUUGAACAAACGCCUGUCAAAAGACUAAAGAUGAAAAUGAGUGAAGAGGCUGUCAACAUGCAGAAGUUUGCUUACAAACCCAAAGGAACGCUUCCCUCUGUCUCCUGGCGUGCAGAAAAUGCGUUCAGAGCUGCAGACCCUGAGCUGAAAGCGGCAGACUGCGCUCAGCUGCCUGAUGUUUUUUGUCUGGAUGAUCUUGACCGAGGUAAACAAACUGCAGCCUUAACCUUGUUUAAACGAUUUCUGUUUCCAGAUUCCUCCUGGUUGACGCCCCUGCCUCUGAGCUCCCGACAGAGAAUAGACCAGAGCAGCACGGGCGACUCAGCAGCAUUUAACCGCUCCACUGUGGCGUCAGAGCAGAGCCGUUUUUCUUCUGUCCAAAUACCAACCGUGACCUUUGACCUGGGAAAUGAAUGGGAUGAAUGGGGAGAUUUCGACGACGAAAACUUGCUGAAUUCCAGCGAGACGCCUCCGUGUACGACCAGCUCCCAGCCUGAGGUGCAGCAGAAACACCGUAUGCCAGGUUGUGCUACAACAUCAUCAGCAGUGUUUAUCAGCAGCACACAGGUCAAUCCCAGUCUCACCACACCAUUCAGAUCAGUUCCAAGACCUGAGGUCAGGGAAGCUGGACCCUCUGCUUCCAGUCACUCCCUCAUAUCCCAGAACAGAAUC